UCAGGAUCCUGCAUCCCCCUCAGAAGCGCCCAACAGUCUCCGAUUCCCGGCGCAGCGGCCCGAGUCAACAGCGGCAGAGGGGCGAGUGGCGAGGGGAGGCGCGUGGUUUGACGCAGAGGGGAAAUUGAUGGACCUGCUUGCUGGGAGAGUUGCAUCCAUCCAAGAACCAGAAGACUCGCGAGGAGACGCACUUUCCACACGGACGAGCGCUCAAACUGCCAGGAAUGAAUUUGACGGACUGGCUGUGGUUUACCGGUUCAUGUUGGAAACAGCCACAAAAACAACUUGAAAACUUGCUGACUGACAUAAAUCCAGUAGGACAGCCUGUAAAAAAAAAAAAAAGUUAAGUCAUCAUUCAGAGGUCGGACAUGGAAUUGACCAACAGGUCCCGUCUUGGCCCCUCCAUCUACCACAUGGAGCUCAGCCCACAAGAUUACUUUAUGGAGGACAACGAAACGAACUCCACCGCUGGAGAGCGGAACGGCUGCGUGCAGAUCCGCAUCCCGCAGGAGCUCUUCCUGGCGCUGGGGCUCAUCAGCCUGAUGGAGAACAUCCUGGUGGUCCUUGCCAUCCUCAAGAACCGCAACCUGCACUCUCCCAUGUACUACUUCAUCUGCUGCCUGGCUGUGUCUGACAUGCUGGUGAGUGUGAGCAACGUGGUGGAGACCAUCUUCAUGCUCCUCAACGACCACGGCCUGAUGGACGUGCACCCCGGCAUGCUGCGCCACCUGGACAACGUCAUCGACGUGAUGAUCUGCAGCUCCGUGGUGUCCUCGCUCUCCUUCCUUUGCACCAUCGCUGCGGAUCGCUACAUCACCAUCUUUUACGCGCUGCGCUACCACAACAUCAUGACCACGCAGCGCGCAGUCAUUAUAAUCGGUCUGGUGUGGUUGGCCAGUAUCACCUCCAGCAUCCUCUUCAUCGUGUACCACACCGACAUCGCUGUCAUCGUGUGCCUCGUCACGUUCUUCUGCGCCACCCUGGUGUUCAACGCCGUGCUGUACCUCCACAUGUUCUUCCUGGCCCACGUGCACUCCAGGCGCAUUAUAGCUUUCAAUAAAAACCGGCGCCAAUCCACGAGCAUGAAGGGAGCCAUGACCCUCACCAUCCUGCUCGGGGUCUUCAUUGUAUGCUGGGGCCCGUUCUUCCUCCAUCUCAUCCUCAUCCUCACCUGCCCCACCAGCCCCUUCUGCAAUUGUUUCUUCCGAAACUUCAAUCUCUUCCUCAUCCUCAUCAUCUGCAAUUCGCUAAUCGACCCGCUCAUCUACGCGUACCGGAGCCACGAGCUGCGUAGAACCCUGCGGGAGCUCGUCCUGUGCUCGUGGUGCUUCGGGGUGUGACAGCGUGUGGGAGAACCAGUGCAUCAGGAAUGUCUCCAAAAGGCCUUCUAAGACAUAAACCGCGACUGAUGAGAGCGUGAACCUGAGCGGAUUGGACUGUAUAACUUGUGUGCAUCACGUAGUGGAUUUUAAGGUUAAGUGUAUUUACACACAAUCCGUCUAUGGUAAAGAUUUACGGUUCCACACAAUUCACUGGACACUGAAAUUCUUGGUCUUUUAAAAAAUGCACAAGCUGGCAAGCCUUUUAUUCUUGUUAUUCAAAUCUUUCCCUCACCAAAUGUACUUGAAUUCGCUGGUAUAAACUGCCCUCAUUUCUUCAGAAAUGUGUUAUUUGCUUCAACUAAUUUUUCAUGCUGCUGGCACUAGUUUAGAAAGGAAACUGAAAACCUUCUCUGUUGACAUGUUAGCGUUGUUGCCGCGGUGUGUGCAGUUUGUUGGGCACAGAGAUUAAUUUAGAGACAUUUCCAUCUAUGGAGCCUGCUCGUGUUUAUAGCAGAUCAAUUUCUGAGGGUGCUUAUAACAAAACUUGACGCUUUACGAAACAAGAUUUGGCGUGUAAUGCUUGCAUUAUAUUAUGGUGUUAAGCAAUUUAUAGCAAAUGUUAGUGUUUGAUGAUACCAAUGCCUCCCCUUGCAUAAUUGUAAGCCUUCCAUUUCCCAACUAUUUCAAAAUCCAUCCCUAUUCCAUCCUGGCAACUUCGUCCUAAAAAGAUAUGCAUUUACUCCAAUAUUCUAAUUGCUGGAUGUAAUAUAAUCUGAUUCAUUUUGUGAUGCAUUGGCUAUGAUCAUUCCUCAAGCACGGCAAGAGAAAUGGGCAGAUAUUAAAGAGAAAAGUGUCCUUUCAAUGACAUGACAUCAAACUCUCGUUGCAGUCUAAUUAUCGGCGUUGUGGGUAUAACUCUGCAUACCAAAAAUAAAUGUCUGGAUAACUGAAGGAGGAAAUAUGGUUGGAAUCACAUGGCCUGCCUGGCUUGAUACUCGAGGCCCGGGGCACAAGAAGGUUUAUGAGAGAAGCCAAAUCAAAGUAAUACUUUGAAUGGUUCUCUGAGAUCUGCUUACAACGCGGACUUCUGAACGAUUUAGGCCUGACCUCAGCUUUUCGGGACAAACAAGUGGCACUUUGAGCCUGCUUAUUCAAUUAAUAAUUCUAUAUCUAAAUCCCACAAAUGCUAAAAUGCAACAUAUCAAACAACCAUGAGUCCGCCUGGACUGGGUACACGCUACCAAGAGAUUUAGAUCGAACUGCCCUGAAAUGUGCUGUGAGAUCCAACCUAUUUCUCUUGCAUGUAAGAAUCUCUACUUAUUCUUUAUCUACUUUUUAUUUCUUGAUUAUUCUAUGACAUCACAUUAUUUAUUGAUCCCAAGGAUUCGUUGUAAAUAGGACUUGACUUUUAGACCCAAAGUGAUCUUGAUAAAUCCUGAAAUUUAGCCUUAUGUCUGUAUUUGAGCCAAAACGUGUAUUGUUGCUCCCCAUUAAAUUGUUGGGGUACAAGGGGAGUUGUUCUCAUAUUAUGGAAAAAGACUCCCAUGAUCAAGCUGUCAUAGAUAAGAUAAGAAAUAAUUCAACUUUACUGGUUAAACGACAGCAACCAAGGGUGAAAUGCAUAUGUGUGAAAUGGAUAUGUGUUAUAUAUAUUGUUUGUUACGUACACAGUCCCCACUGUUCGCUACGGAAGUUGCCGUCAUUUUCCUCAAGUCAAUUAACUAAUUUUUUGAGUAUUAUUGAUGUUACUUUUAGUUCAACGCUAUACAUUAUAAAUGAGUUUGUAGGGUUUUCUUCUUUGCCUGGGAAUUGGUAAUGAACAGCGUGUCUCUGUAUCUGCUUUAUCAUUCUCUAAUAUUCUAUAAUGUCUCUAUAAUCUCCGGUUUUAACAACACACAAAAAAAGCAACUCAUAACUUGAAAUUAACUUUGUUGUACAGGUAUUUUACAGAAGGAGUAUGUGUGUUGUAUGUAAUCCUUGGUGUUGUUUACACUCUCUCUCUUUGUCUCAAAUAAAGAGGCCAAAAAGAAUAUAUGUGGUAAAUCAAUUAAUGAAGGAAACAGUUUGGGUGUUAUUAAAUUUCAUUAUAGUGUUAUAAUC